AUGGAUAAGAGCAUUUAAGAACCCUUUUCAGCUGAAUUCCAAAGAAACAAUGAUCAAGAUAGAGAAAAUAAAAGUAAUAACAACGAUAAGUAAAUUUAGAAUGAGAAGAAUUCAUUUUCACCAAUAAAAGUGAAUAAAAACAAGAUAGAAAAAGAACAAAUUAAAGGUGUUGAUUUCAAUUCUUCUAUUUUAUUUGAUUACACAAAUAUUUAAAGUACAGGUCUGCUUGUAUUAAAUGAUUAAUAAGAAAUAUUAAAAUAUAAUAAUCAAUUUGCAUCACUAAUUUAAUAAUUAUAAUCUUUCACCCAAGAAUCUGGAGAUUCUACCAAUCUAAAUUCUAGUGAUUAAAUAAAUUAAAUUAUCAAAACAUUUUUUGUUCUUAGCUUAAAUUACAACUAAAUUACAACUCAAAAAUUAGAAACAAAAAAGCAUUUAGAGUCUAAGUAUAAAGAAAACCAAAGACUUUCUCACACUUAAAAUUAUAAGAAAGAUCAUGCAAAUAACUAAAGCCAAAGCUCAGCAUUUGUUCAAUAAGAACCAGGAUAAUCAGUGUAAAAUGAAUAUAAAGGUAAAAGUUAGUAACACUUUUCUAAAUUGAACUUAAUGCAUACCUCUUUAGAUGAUGAUCUUUUAAACAUUCACAACAAACUCAAUCAGGUUUAAGAAAAAUAGAAAGAAUAAAAUCAUUGCAAAGAGUAGAUAAAUUUUAAUAAGAAAGAUAGCAGUAUAAAAGAAGAAAACGUUGAUUUUCUUUUAGAAAAUUCAAACACAUAAAAUAAAAAACCUCAUUUACAACAACCAUAAAUUAUUAACAAUAAAUCAAAUUUUUUUAGUAAACCUUCUCCUGUUUGUAGUUAAGCAGAUUCUACUUUUAAUAAAGAACUAAUUUAAUGCUAAAUUCCAAAUGAUAUCAAUAAGUUUUUUGAAUAAAAAUAAGCAGCAAUUAAUGUAUCAAAUCUUUUAAAUUUUUUAAUACAAUCAAAACCUAAAGAAAAAAGUGAAAUAAACAAUCAAAAAAUCUAAAAAUGCAAAAUAUGUCAUAAAAUUGUUGAUAAAUUUUAAGAAAUUAAUAUAAAUUAAAACAAGCAGUCUAUGAAUUUCUAAACUUAAACAUACAAAUACUCGAUUCAGCAAGAUUUUUUGACAAUAUCCUUAAAAUUUUUUGAUAAUAAAAAUAAAAAAAGAAAUUUUGAUAUAAAAAUAGGCUGCUUUAAAUCUCAAGAAAAUGAAAUCAACUAAAAAAAUAUAGAUUUUAUAUGUGAAACAUGUGAUAAAAAAUCAAUGAAUGAGCUUUAAGAGGUAGAAGAAUAGUCUGAGAAUUAAAAAGAAUCUACUUACUGCAAUAUUUUAUAAAGUAGGAGUUUCAUUGAGUAAAAAUUAGAGAAAUCUCUCAAGAACCCAAAUAAAUAAGCAUUUAUAAACUUAGACUCUAUUGAAACUAAUUCAAAUAAUAACAACAAUAAUAAUUACGUGAAGUAAAUUAAGCUAAUUGGAUUAAAUUUUUCUUCUAAGGGAAAUGAAGCUUUAAUGUAGGAAUCUAACACAAAAUAAAAUAUUUAAAACGCUUCAAACUGCGAUUCAAGUAUUAAUGAUUUAUCUUAUUAGCAUUUUGUUAAAAAAAGUAUUUAAUUUCUAUAAAACAGCGAAAUUCUACUAAAAUUAGAUAAUAACAACAACAAUAUUAGCAAUCAAAUUUUAAAAUUUUAGAAUCAAGAAUGUGCUUACAUAUUUACUAUAGAGAUAUUAGAAACAAACUUUGAAGUUACAACUCGAAGCCUGAAAUAAAGGAUGGAUAAAUUCAAAAGAAAAAUGCUUUGUUCCAUUUCACAUGAGCUUCGUACUCCUUUGAAUUGCAUAAUUUCUAUGCUUGAUAUAAUGAAUAUGAACAAUGAUAUUUCUGAUUUGGCGAGAACGCUUUAUGUUAAUCCUGCAUUAUUUUCUAGUUACAUUUUAUUGAACAUAAUAAAUGAUAUUCUAGAUUUAGCAGAAAUCAAUAGGUCGGGAUAGAUUAAAAUGAUGUUUUAAGAAUUUUCUCCAUUAAAUCUUUGUAUUGAAUGCAUGAAUUUUAUAAAGCUACAAGCUUCAUAAAAGAAUCUUCAAUUAGAACUAAUUUGUGAAGAAAGUGUACCAAAUAUAGUUUACACAGAUUUAGAUAAAACUAGAUAGGUCCUUCUUAAUCUCUUAAGCAAUGCUUUGAAAUUUACAUAGAAAGGAAGCGUAGUUAUAAAGUUAUCUUAUCCUCAAGAUUAAAUAAUUUAAAUCGACGUAAAAGAUACAGGUUGUGGUAUACAUGCAUCUAAAUUAAGGUAAAUAUUUAAUAAUUUUACUCACCCUGAUUUGGAGUCUAUAAAUUCUGCCUAAAAAUAAAAUUCACCCACUCUGAAAAAAUAACAAUCUUCAUAGUUCCAAAAGAAUGCAGGACUAGGUCUAAGUAUAUCAUUUAUGCUCGCAUCGUGCUUGGGAGAUAAUAGAUAGCUUACAGUGAAGAGCGAAGUAGGAAAAGGUAGUACGUUCACAUUCUUUGUAGUGAAUAAAUCUAAUCAAAAAAAGGGGUGCAUUUUAUAUCAUCCAUAAAAUAAAUUUGAAAGCCAAGCUUCUUUGAAAACAAAGCUUUGGAUAGAAAAAGGUGAAUUAACAGAAUAUCCAAACUUAUCUGCUCUGAAUCAAAAAAAAAUUAGUGAUAAAUAAUAUACGGAAAGCUAAAAGCAAAAUAUUGAUGAAGACCAAGCUGCAGCUGUUAACAAGGAUUAUACCAAUAUCCAAAAUUUGAAUUCGGAAAAUUAAAUUUAGAGCCAAGGCACUUUAAAACGAAAUAAAAAGAGAUUAUCCAAUGCGAAUUAAGGAAGUCUUUAGAAUAUAGUGAGAUAAUAAUUUAAAAAGCCUACUAUUGAAACCUAAGAGUAUAACGAUUCCAAUACUAUUUAAGAGCUAUUUCCUAUUGAUAAUAUACAGCGUUAAGACUCUCUCAGUAUAAGAAAAUAGGCUUCAAUUUUGUACAAUAAUCUUAGUAAAACAACAUUAUAAAUAAUAUAGUAGGCUUCGUCAUUGUAAAGCUACAUAUUUUCAGCCAAAGAGAUCAAUGAUGAACAAUCAUAAUAAAUAACUUCAAAAGGUAUUUAUUUAAAUACGAACAAUACAAUAGUUUCAAGUGAUCAAACCCCUUAAGUAAAAUAUAUCAUAUAAAAUAAUACUAAUAUUUCAGAAUAAGCUACAAAUUCUAAUUAAAAUAAUGAAAUCAAGCCUAUCAGAUUUAAAGAAUCUGAAAUAUUUUCAAAGUAAAAUUAACUAAACAUUUUUAGCCCUUUACUCAAAGUUAGAUAAAGUAAAAAGCAGUCAAAUUUAAGUAUUUAAUUUAACUUUGAUUUUAACGAAGAAUCUCCUCAUAUGCAAUCUACAAAAACUUUAAACAUUACUGGCUAUGAUGAAAAUUUAAAUGCUUUUAUUAAAAACACUCAAAAAAAAAUAUUAAUCCAAUAGCUUGAGUCAUGCAACGUCCUCAACGAUAGCUUUGACAUUAAAUCUCCAUAACAAUUUACUCCACAUGUAGAGAGAUUUAGAUAAAGAUAGUCAAGUUAAUAAUCUUACAAUAAAAGCACUUCAAACAACUUACAUGUCACCAGUAUUAACUCAAAAUUAAAUGAAGAACCGUAGCAUUUAGCUAACCCUAAUUAAAAUCAAUAAAAUUUGGUAACUUCUUUAGAAAAAAAUAGCAACUAAAAUCUGGUUAAAGUACCACAGGAAAAUUUUUUUGAUUAGUAAAAUCAAGUCGAUUUCUCCAACUAUUGCUGCUCGAUUACAAACAGAUCUAAGCAAUCUACUUUUCAAUUAGAAAAAAUAGAAGAAAUCAUUUAAAAUCAGUAAAAACAGUGCUAGUGUACUUAAAUUCUCUUGGUUGAUGAUAAUGAAUUUAAUUUAUACGCGCUUGAAGCCAGAUUAAGAAUGUAUUAAUUUUCAACUGAUAAAACAACAAGUGGCUUUCAAGCACUAGAAUUAAUUAAAAAAAAGUAUGAAAAUUCCUGUUGUAAGAGAUAUCACUUAAUCUUUAUGGAUAUAGAUAUGCCAGAAAUGAAUGGCUAUCAAGCAACCUAAGAAAUCAUCAAGCUUAGCUAAAAAUUAAAAAUAAGCCGUCCUAUAAUAUCUGCUUGUAGUGCUUACGUUUAAGAAGAUGAUAAGAUUAAAGCUUUUAAUUCAGGAAUGGAUUUCUACAUAACUAAGCCAAUUAACAUAUCUGCUUUUGAAAAUGUUCUAAAUUAAGUUUUUUGUAAUAUUAAAUGA